AGGGAGUCGGGCGGGUUUUUUUCUUGGUUUAUUAUUGCCGAGGUCACCCUACAGAAGUUAUCCUUUAACUCCUCUACAAUUUUUGGAUCUCUGGCAUAGAGUAGAGAAUCUUCCGAGGUGGUCUUGCUGUAAUCUAACCUUUUAGGAAGAGAAUGACUCAUUGGUUUCAUCGAAACCCUUUAAAGGGUACAGCUCCUGUUUCAUUCAAUUACUAUGGAGUAGCCACAACUCCAGCUGCGACAAAAAUCUGCAAUGAUUUAAGGCUAUCAAGAGCACGGCUCCUGGAACUUUUUACUGAUUUAAGUUGUAAUCCAGAUAUGAUGAAAAAUGCAACUGAUUCCUAUUUUUCACUCUUGAAAGGCUUUAUAGAUGCACUGGAUAACUCUUCACAGGAUAGCAAACUGAGAUACAUUCAGAAUUUUAAAUGGACCGACACGUUGCAAGGACAAAUACCAAGUGCCCAGCAAGAUGCUGUGUUUGAAUUAAUUUCUAUGGGAUUUAAUGUGGCCUUGUGGUUCACUAAAUAUGCAUCAAGAUUAGCUGGGAAAGAAGAUGUAACAGAAGAUGAAGCAAAAGAUGUCCACCGCAGUAUGAAAAUAGCAGCUGGGAUUUUCAAACAUUUAAAGGAAAGCCAUAUUCCUAAAUUGAUCACUCCUGUAGAAAAAGGAAGGGAUUUAGAAGCUCGACUAAUAGAUUCCUAUAUUAUCCAAUGUCAAGCUGAAGCACAAGAAGUGACAAUUGCCAGAGCUAUUGAGCUGAAACACAAUCCUGGUCUAAUAGCAGCCUUGGCCUAUGAAACAGCCAAUUUCUAUCAAAAAGCAGAUCAAAUGUUAUCUAGUCUGGAUCCAACGUAUACAAUGAAAUGGAGAAAAUACCUUCAGUUGAAGUCAUGCUUCUAUAUGGCUUACGCCUAUUGCUACCAUGGUCAGACCCUCUUGGCCAGCGAUAAAUGUGGAGAAUCUAUUAGGUCUCUACAAGAAGCAGAAAAAUUUUAUGCCAAGGCGGAAAAGCUAUGCAAAGAAUAUGGUGAAACCAAAGGGCCAGGGACUACAGCGAAACCAUCUGGACAUCUCUUCUUUAUAAAAUUAGGAACUGUAGUGAAAAAUGCCUUAGAAAAAUCUCAGCGAGAAAAUGGAUUCAUUUACUUCCAGAAGAUUCCUCCAGAGGUUCCCCAACUUGAGCUGAAAGCAAACUAUGGUCUAGUUGAGCCGAUUGCUUUUGAAUUUCCGGCUGUGCAUGCUCAGUGGUCCCCAGAAUCCCUUGCUGCAUUUGAUCUCACCAAAAGGCCAAAGGAUGACAGUGCUAAACCAAAGCCAGAGGAAGAAGUGAAACCUCUGAAAGAACCAGAUAUAAAGCCUCAAAAAGACACCGGGUGCCAGAUCUCAUAAGAUCCUCAGUUGCAAAGAACUACUCCUUGUGACCUCUGUUCUGUAAACUUUAGGGUUAUUGUUGCCUAUCCUGUGUGCUAGUUCUUCUGGCUGCCUUUACUGUAACAAAUACAUUCCUUUUCAACUUCAUAUGUGUGUAU